AUGAGAAAUACGCACAGAGCUGGGACAACCAAUGCAUUAGGUACCUCACCCAUCAAACUUUGCCCGAGUGAGCCCGCGGUUCUUGCGUGCCUCUCAUUCACCUCUCCGUCAAGAACCGCACACGACAUGUUCAGGUCAUCACUACCAUUCAUUCCAAUGAACUUCUCAAAACGAUACACCCUCCCCUCUCAUGCCCUUGUCCUCAACCUCCCACCCAAGCGUCCGAACCCUCUCCGCACAUCAACCCUCAUCACCAGAAACCAUCCCUCCCCCCCACCAUCCAGAAAGAUGACCUCCUCCUCCCUUCUCCCUCCCGGCCUGGAAACCCUCCAAAACCAGCUCACACACCACCCCACCUCCCCCUGGGGCCUCCCCAUCUACCGCACCACUCACUCGCCCCUUUCCCAAACCGCCUGGCCAACCUUCCUCUCCCUCCUCCAAACAAACGUCAGGUCCACCCUACGAGAAAUCUACCACCUCCCCUUCCUCGCCAGAUCCCACUCCCAACCGAUAUUCUCCGACUCGGAGAAAUACGUCGGGCUGGACACCCACGCGUUAAGAAGCCAUUUCGACAAGUGGGUGUCGUCGGAACAAGCUGUUCCCGAGGGAUCAUCAAGAUGGGAUCGAUGGAUAGGGGGGAGGAUGUUGAUGCCGGUUGUCAAGCGGGGGUGGGUGCCGGCCGAGGAGGAAGGAGGUGAUGGCAAGAAGGAGGAGGGGAUGUUGUGGGAGGAUGGAAAGACGGGCGAGCAAGGGGAGGGUGUGGGGUGGAUGUAUAUUUAUGUUGGGGAGUAUGUUGGGAUGUGUGAUGUUUUGGGGCAGGGUGAGGAAGGGUGGUAUUCGGUUUAUGUGAGGUCGCCGCUGAUGAGGGAUACGGAUCCGUCGGGCGAGGGGGAGGUGGGGAGAUUGCCGGGGUGGUGGAGGAGGAGAACGAGAAUGGAAGGGUGA